GGGAUGAAACCGAAUGAUUGUGAGGAAACGUGAAGCCCAAAUUCACGCAUACUCUACAAUGAAUUGACUUUUGCUCCUCCUCCUCCUCCUCCUCCAUUCUAGCUCCCUGUUUCGAUUCCGAGUUCCGACCAUGUCGCCGGCUUCUGAGUCCUACGACCAUGUCGUCUUGAUUCCCUACCCAAACCAGAGCCACAUCAACGCCAUGCUUCAGUUCGCCAAGCGCCUCGCCGCCCACGGCCUCGCUGCCACCCUCACUCCAACCCGCUUCCUUCUCGCCACCACCAGGAUACCCUCCCCAGGCCCCGUCCGCCUCGCCCCCAUCUCCGACGGCCACGACGCAGGCGGCUCCGCCGAGGCCGCCUCCGUCCACGCGUACCUUGAUUCCUUCGAGCGCGCCGGCUCACGCAGCCUCGACGAUCUGCUACUCGAAGCCGCCGGCCCCAGCCCCGUCCGACUCCUCAUCUUCGACUCCUUCCUGCCGUGGGCCGGCGACGUCGGAAGAAGGCACGGAAUCCCCACCGCCGCCUUCUUUACGCAGUGCGCCGCCGUGAACCUGGUGUACUUCCACGUGAAGGCGGGGAUGGUGGAGGUACCGGUGCGGGAGGCGGUAGAACUUCCGGCGCUGCCUCGUCUGGAGCUGAGAGACCUGCCUUCGUUCCUGCCGGAGGGGAUCAGCAUCUUCCCGGAGUUCUUGGACCUGGUCCUGAACCAGUUCAGAGACUUAGAGAAGGUGGACGAGGUGCUCGUCAACACCGUCUAUGAAUGGGAGCCUCAGCAAAUAGAUUGGUUGAGGAGUGCUUAUCCAGUCAAGACCGUAGGUCCGACGAUACCGUACGCGUACCUGGACAACCGAAACCCCUCCGGCGCAAACAACGUCUUUCGCCACCUCUCGGCGGAAGGGUCACCGUGCGUGGCCUGGCUCGACGUCCGCCCGGCCGCCUCCGUCGUCUACGUCUCCUUCGGCAGCACCGCCGCGCCGAGCCCCCAGCAGAUGCUCGAGGUCGCCUUCGGCCUCGCCGAUGCCGGCAAGCACUUUCUGUGGGCGGUCCGGUCGUCCGAAGCCGACAUGAUUCCGCCGGGGUUCGCGGAGGAGCACGGCGGAUCCGGCAGGGGUCUGGUUGUCGAUUGGAGCCCGCAGCUGGAGGUGCUGGCGCACGAUGCGGUGGGGUGCUUCGUGACGCACUGCGGAUGGAACUCGACGUUGGAAGGGAUGAGCCUCGGCGUGCCGAUGGUGGCGGUGCCGCAGUGGACCGACCAGCCGACGGUGGCCAAGUACGUGGAGGACGUGUGGGGGGUCGGGGUGAGGGCGAAGCGGGAUGAGGAGGCCCGGUUGGUGAGGAGGGAGGAGGUCGUGAGGUGCGUGAGGGAGGUGAUGGAGGGAAGCCGGAGCGACGAGAUCAGGCGGAACGCUGCCAAGUGGAGGGAGGCGGCCAAGGCAGCCGUCGGCGAUGGGAACGGAAGCUCCGGUAAGAGCACUGUCGAACUCAUCAAUAAGUAUUGCUCCAAAGCAGAGUAAGAUUUUCAUCUACGUCCAUGAAGUUGUCGAUUAAAGUGUUGUAAUUCAAUUUCUCUAGGAUUUGAAUAUCACAAUUCUUGUAAGUUUUGGUGUUAUUUGAUCAGCUUUAAAGAGAGUGCGGGUUUAUUUAUGCCAUUUGGGGGAUAUACUGAAUACAGUUGAAUGAUCUCUGUAUAGAUUUAUUGUUGAUACGGUGUACAGUGGGUUGCCAGGUGAUCGGGCGGUUAAAAGUGGAGGAGA